AUGGAAACUGCUAUUUCUUCAAAUCCAUUAAUGUAACAACUACUCAGUGCAUUAAACCAAUUGCGGGCCCAAAAUGAAGAGCUAAGAAACGAAUUAAGGCAGGUCAGUCAAACCCUUGACGAUCUUUUGGCAAAGCAAGCAGCCCCAGAGCCAAGCAGUUCAUGUAAAAUCCAUUUAGCAACUGAAAAAAGAAUAGAAAGUGCACAGAAGCUUCUUUCUGCAACAGAAAAAGAAAUAGAAAUCCUAAGGCAGCAGCUUGAAGCCCAUUCAUUCGAAAACAAGCACAAGCUUGAAGAAGAAAUCGUUUCCACAAAAGCACUGCUCAAGGAAACUGUCAACAGGAACAGGGAGAUUCAGCGAGAGCUGAAGGAUGGGGCCAACCGAAUAAAUAUCCAGUCUACAGACCCAGAAGAGGCUAAAGAAAUGAGGAUUCUAAAUGAAGAACUCAGAGUUUGCAAAGAAAAAUUGAAAGAAAUUGAUGCAAAAUACAACCAUCAGAAAAAGCAAAACGAAAACGCAUUAACAAAAAUAGCUCAAUUAGAAAGGCAGGCAGAAGAGCUAGGAAUUUCAUCAGAAACGCCAUAUCCAGGAAAAAAAAGCUCAAAGACUUCGGGCUAUGAAGAAGAGCCUGAAAAACUCCCUCUUGAGUCCAGAGAAAUCCAAGCACUUAAAGAAGAGAUUGCUGAGCUCGAAAAAAUGAAACUCUCAGUAGAGCCUAGGUGGAGGAAAAGAUUGGCUGAGAUAGAACAAGAAAAAGGAUAUUACGAAGAGUCAAAAGAAAGCGCCAACAGAUUUUUAAAGGAAAAAGAGCAGGAAAUCAGAAUGAAGGAGUUUGAGAUAAAAGAUCUCAAAAGGACAAUAAGGAAUUUGAGAACAAAAAGUGGGAAUUUGGCUUCAGCACCAGAUUUGAAUAUUGAAGAGAAAGAAGAAAAGCCAAAAAAACCUGCAAAGUUUGUGGGGCUGCCGAAAUCCACAAAAGCAAAGAAAAAUACUGAAGAAACAAAAGAAGAGAUGAAGCCGGUUGAAAAGGUCAAGAACCAGAGAAAACAAAAUGUGGAGCUUGAACUAGAAGAAGAAAAGCCAAAACCUAGAAAAAUAUCUCAAGAAAGAAAGGAGCCAAAAGGUCAUAGCCAUAAAAGAAAACCUGGCUCCCCCUUUAAAUUCGAACCAAAAAAAUAUUCUAAUUAAAAAAGACAUAUUAAUCUUUUUAAAAAAAUAUUAUAUCAGAUUUAUCUAUUCGAAGUGUAACUUAAAAAUAAUAAAUUUUAAAUAUUUUUGAUUUUAAAAUUAUUAUUUUUAAAAUUAAAAAUGUAUUUCAAAUUUAAAGUGUUAAUUUACCAAAAAAUGGAAUUUUAUCUAUAUUUAGUUUCAAUUUUGAGGAGGGAGUGAGAAUUCUGAAGACGAAUAA